CAAUGUCUACAUUGAACUCUUUUAACUCCCUCCUCCUCCUCCUCCUCUUCUUCCUCCUCCAUUGACAAUGGCUUCUCUUACUUCAAUCCCCUUCACUCUCCCUUCCUCUUCCUCCUCUCCCAAACACCUCUUUCUCCACUCCUUCCUUCCAAGAACUCACACUCACUCCCCCAAACGCAGCUUCAAGAUCCGCUGCGCCGCCAUCGGCAAUGGUCUCUUCACUCAAACAUCGCCAGAGUCUCGUCGCAUCCUCCCGGAAUUCAACCCUUCCCUUCCCAGAGUCAAAAUCGUCUACGUCGUCCUCGAGGCUCAAUACCAAUCCUCCCUCUCCGCCGCCGUCCGUUCACUCAAUGCCGACUCCCGAUACGCCUCCUUCGAAGUUGUUGGCUAUCUUGUCGAAGAACUUCGUGAUGCCGAUACUUAUUCACUCUUCUGCCAAGACAUCAAAGACGCCAACAUCUUCAUUGGGUCACUCAUCUUUGUCGAAGAGCUCGCCUUGAAGGUCAAGGAGGCGGUGGAGAAGGAAAGAGAUAGAAUGGAUGCUGUUCUUGUCUUCCCGUCAAUGCCGGAGGUAAUGCGACUAAACAAGCUUGGUUCAUUCAGUAUGUCGCAGCUCGGGCAAUCGAAAAGCCCCUUCUUUCAAUUGUUCAAGCGGCGCAAACAGUCAGCGGGGUUUGCCGAGAGCAUGCUCAAGCUUGUUCGGACUUUGCCGAAAGUAUUGAAGUAUUUGCCAAGUGAUAAAGCUCAAGAUGCUCGGCUUUAUAUACUUAGUUUGCAGUUUUGGCUCGGUGGCUCGCCGGAGAAUUUGCAAAACUUUGUGAAGAUGAUUGCUGGAUCUUAUGUGCCGGAAUUGAAAGGGAAGGAUAUCAAGUAUGAGGACCCUGUUUUGUUCUUAGACUCUGGAAUUUGGCAUCCUUUGGCUCCUUGUAUGUAUGAUGAUGUGAAAGAGUACUUGAAUUGGUAUGGUACUAGGAAAGAUGUGAAUGAGAAGUUGAAAUCCAACAAUGCUCCAAUUAUUGGGUUGAUUUUGCAGAGGAGCCACAUUGUGACAGGGGAUGAUAGUCAUUAUGUUGCAGUGAUUAUGGAGUUGGAGGCUAGAGGGGCAAAGGUUAUACCGAUUUUUGCCGGAGGGCUUGAUUUCUCCGGCCCGGUGGAUCGAUAUUUGGUUGAUUCUGUCACCGGGAAACCAUUUGUACAUGCGGCUGUGUCGCUAACGGGGUUCGCUCUUGUUGGUGGUCCGGCGAGGCAGGAUCAUCCUAGAGCUAUUGAGGCAUUGAGGAAGCUUGAUGUGCCUUAUAUAGUUGCAUUGCCAUUGGUGUUUCAGACUACUGAGGAGUGGCUUCUUAGUAGUUUGGGGUUGCAUCCUGUUCAGGUGGCUUUGCAGGUUGCAUUGCCGGAGCUUGAUGGCGGUAUGGAACCGAUCGUGUUCUCUGGACGAGAUGCACGAACAGGGAAGUCACAUGCAUUGCAUAAGAGAGUGGAGCAACUCUGCACAAGAGCAAUCAGAUGGGCAGAGCUCAAGAGAAAAUCCAAAGAGGAGAAGAAGGUUGCAAUCACUGUUUUUAGUUUUCCACCGGACAAAGGCAACGUAGGCACUGCUGCCUACCUCAAUGUUUUUGAUUCAAUCUUCUCGGUGCUCCAAGACCUCAAGAAAGACGGAUACAAUGUCGAAGGCCUCCCUGAUACAGCAGAAGCACUGAUCGAAGACGUGAUUCAUGACAAGGAAGCCAAAUUCAGCAGCCCGAACUUGAAUGUAGCAUACAAGAUGAGUGUUCGCGAAUAUCGCUCUCUCACUCCCUAUGCCUCUGCUCUUGAGGAGAGUUGGGGCAAACCGCCUGGGAACCUCAAUUCUGAUGGUGAAAGCCUCUUGGUCUAUGGCAAACAGUAUGGAAAUGUCUUCAUUGGUGUGCAACCAACAUUUGGUUAUGAAGGAGAUCCUAUGCGUCUUCUCUUCUCCAAAUCUGCUAGUCCUCAUCAUGGCUUUGCUGCUUACUAUUCCUUUGUGGAGAAGAUCUUUCAGGCUGAUGCAGUGCUGCAUUUCGGCACUCAUGGGUCACUAGAAUUCAUGCCUGGGAAACAAGUAGGAAUGAGUGAUGCUUGUUAUCCUGAUAGUUUAAUAGGAAACAUCCCCAACAUCUAUUACUAUGCGGCAAACAAUCCUUCAGAAGCAACCAUUGCGAAAAGGCGAAGUUACGCGAAUACCAUUAGCUACUUGACUCCUCCUGCGGAGAAUGCUGGGCUUUACAAAGGACUCAAGCAACUCUCGGAGUUGAUUUCCUCUUAUCAGUCACUGAAGGACACUGGUCGCGGUCCUCAGAUAGUUAGCUCAAUUAUCAGUACAGCGAAACAAUGCAAUCUAGACAAAGAUGUGAGCUUGCCAGAAGAUGGGGAGGAGCUCACACCAACAGAAAGGGAUACAGUUGUAGGCAAAGUGUACUCGAAGAUCAUGGAGAUUGAAUCUCGAUUACUUCCUUGCGGUCUUCAUGUGAUUGGUGAGCCCCCUUCAGCAAUGGAAGCAGUGGCCACACUGGUUAACAUCGCCGCUCUGGACCGUCCAGAGGAUGGUAUCUACUCAUUGCCUGGAAUUCUGGCUGAGACAGUGGGCCGGAACAUCGAAGAUGUUUACAGAGGGAAUGACAAAGGUGUGCUUGCUGAUGUUCAAUUGCUGCGAGAGAUAACAGAGGCCUCUCGAGGUGCCAUUACUGCCUUUGUCGAUAAAACAACCAACAAGAAAGGCCAAGUAGUUGAUGUCGCAGAGAAGCUGAGUUCAAUUCUUGGAUUUGGUCUGAUGGAGCCAUGGGCACAAUAUCUGUCAAAGACGAAAUUCAUUAGAGCAGACAGAGAGAAACUGCGAACAUUGUUCGAGUACUUAGGAGAGUGUUUGAAGCUGGUUGUGGCAGAUAAUGAGCUAGGGAGUUUGAAACAAGCAUUAGAAGGGAGUUAUGUUGUGCCAGGGCCGGGUGGAGAUCCAAUUAGAAACCCGAAGGUUUUACCGACUGGUAAGAACAUACACGCAUUGGACCCACAAGCGAUACCAACAGAGGCGGCGAUGCAGAGCGCAAAGGUGGUGGUGGAGAGGUUGUUGGAAAGGCAGAAGGUGGACAAUGGAGGAAAUUAUCCUGAGACAGUGGCACUGGUUCUAUGGGGGACUGAUAAUAUAAAGACAUAUGGGGAGUCAUUGGCACAAGUGUUGUGGAUGAUUGGAGUGAGACCAGUGGCUGAUACAUUUGGGAGGGUUAACAGAGUUGAACCAGUGAGCUUGGAAGAGCUUGGAAGGCCAAGGAUUGACGUUGUUGUUAAUUGCUCUGGUGUUUUCAGAGAUCUCUUCAUCAACCAGAUGAACCUGCUAGACCGUGCGGUGAAAAUGGUAGCAGAACUAGAUGAGCCAGAAGACCAAAACUACGUAAAAAAGCACGCAAUGCAACAAGCUGCUGAGCUCAACGUCCCGCUUCGCGAAGCCGCCACCCGUGUCUUCUCUAAUGCCUCCGGCUCCUACUCCUCCAACGUUAACCUUGCCGUUGAAAACUCAUCAUGGAACGACGAAAAACAACUCCAAGACAUGUACCUAAGCCGCAAAUCCUUCGCCUUUGACUCCGAUGCACCAGGGGCCGGCAUGCUUGAGAAGCGCAAAGUCUUCGAAAUGGCCCUUAGCACGGCCGAGGCCACAUUCCAAAACCUUGACUCCUCCGAAAUUUCUCUCACUGAUGUAAGUCACUACUUCGACUCUGACCCGACUAAUCUUGUGCAAGCAUUGCGCAAAGAUGGCCGCAAACCGGCUGCAUACAUUGCCGACACGACCACGGCCAAUGCGCAAGUGCGGACAUUGGCAGAGACAGUGAGGUUGGAUGCAAGGACCAAGUUGUUGAAUCCCAAAUGGUAUGAAGGAAUGAUGAAGAGUGGAUAUGAAGGUGUUAGAGAGAUUGAGAAAAGACUGACAAACACUGUGGGAUGGAGUGCUACUUCAGGACAAGUUGAUAAUUGGGUUUACGAGGAGGCCAACACAACUUUUAUUAAGGAUGAAGAGAUGCUGAAGAGAUUGAUGGAGGUCAAUCCAAACUCAUUUAGGAAGUUGGUGCAAACAUUUUUGGAGGCAAAUGGGAGAGGGUAUUGGGAGACUAGCGAGGAGAAUUUGGAGAGGCUUAAAGAGUUGUACUCUGAAGUGGAGGAUAAGAUUGAGGGCAUUGAUAGAUGAGUGUGCUUUGUGGUUUUGUGAUCUUUUGUAUGUAAACUAUUGUGUAUUGGUUGCAUCAUUUUGUGAUUGAAGUAUUGAACAGCCUUUUGAAAAUUUGAAAUGUGAUGGCUCUUUUCUUUGCUUGUGAGGAAUGAA